AUGUCGCGCGUCGGAAGCGCGCGUCGUCUCUCGCGCGACGCCGUCGUCGCGGCGGCGCGGGCGGCGUCAGCGGCGGCGGCGCCCGCGGGGCAUCGCGCGAGCGUCGUUCGCGCCGUGGACGCGACGCGCGCGUCGUCGUCGUCUUCGUCGUCGUCGUCGUCGUCGUCGACGUCGACGACGACGACGCGGCGACUCCGUCCGGACGCGACGACGCGAUGGCGCGGCUUCGCGUCCGCGAGCGACUCGAAUCACGACGACGACCGCGCGGCGGUGUGCUGGUCGUGCGCGGCGCCCGCGUCGUCCUCCGCGCGGCGGUUCUUCUGCGACGCGUGCGGGGUCAUCCUCCCGGUCGAUCCCGCCGCCUCGACGAGGGACCCGACGUUUUACUUCUCGCUCCUGUCCGUCCCCGCGAGGUACGCGCUCAACCUCGGCGACUUGGAGGCGUCGAUGAAGACGUUACAGAAGGCGUUACACCCCGAUAAGUUCAGCGCGAAGGGCGAGACGGAGCGCGCGCACAGCGCCGCGCACGCGAGCCUCGUGAACGCGGCGUACGCGACGCUGCGGGAUCCGCUGCGGCGGGCCAAGUACAUCCUGGCCGGACGCGGCGCCGGCGUCGCGGAGGACGACGGGUUGGGCGCGGGCGGCGGCGAGGGGGGGGACGAUACGGGGGAACGCGGAACGUCAACCGGCGCCGACUCGAAGCGUCUCGUGCCCCCCGAGCUGCUGAUGGAGGUGAUGGAGACGCGGGAGGCGAUCGAGGACGCGGCGGGCGACGCCGACACGUUGCGGCGGUUACGCGACGCCAACGACGCCGAGGAGGCCGCGUGCCGCGAAGCGCUCGCGCGCGCGUUGGACGGCGAGCCGAUGGAUUUGGAGACGGCGAGGAGAGUCACGGUGAAGAUGACGUACCUCGCGAGGAUACGGACGGAGAUCACGGAGCGGUCGUGA